UAUAGGAUCAAUAUCUGAGGUUGUAGAGUUACAUUUGAUGACGGUUUUGGAAAGUUCACUUAGUGUGAUACAUGUAAAACUGCUCAUGGUUACGUUGCAAGAUCUACUGAUGUCAAUUUCACCUCCACUAGUAGUGAUACUAGCUCUGAUCGAAGUUAUUUUGUUCUUGAAGAACAGAGCAAGCUCUUCACAUUUAGCUGCUGAGGAUAGAGGGGGGGCAGGGACAGUGUUUAGCAGCUGGUCAAUGGUGGAGAAAAGAACUCUGGAAUUUCUAGCAUUUUCUGUAAUAAUGUUGGAAAAACAAUCUUUCCUUGCUAGACGGAUGGUUUUGUUAUAGGUAGUUAGUGCAUCUUUGUAGAUAUCGUGGUGGAUAGUGGUCUUUGUUUUUCUCCAUUUUCUCUCUGCUGCGCGACCCUUUAAAACAUUUCUAACAUUUGUAUUUCUCAGCCAUGGGGAGGUAGUAAAAAAAAGCAGAAUAAAGCAGAAUUUGCAGAAUUACACUACCAUUACACAUUGAAUAGAUCAAAAUAUCCAAUUGCAUUCACCUAAGUAAAUUAGUGUUUCUGGCACAACACACAACAACAAUCAUAGCAGGUGGGCUAUAGUGAAUUAUUUGUAAUCUUAACCAGUGACACUCCAUUGUAUAUUGCACAGUAAACCACCACACUGUGCAGAAAGUUUGUAGGAAGGCCAGGAAGAGAUGUCAACCAUCAGAAAGCCUGUAUUAGGUCACUCUCUCAUACAACUUUUCUGUGUCAUCCUAAGUCUACAGUAUAAUGCAGCCCGGUAGGGGGCAGUAAUGAAUUACUGAAUUAUUCGUCAACCACCACGAAAGUGCACAAAGAGCAGUCUAGCCAAUCAUCUGACACCAUUUUUCAAAACAAAAAAGAUGGCGGUAGUCCCAGAUGUUAGUGUUCGAAUUUGUAGUCAAGAAAUCAUCAAAAAGGACUUACAACUCAAGGCACUUAUACAGGAUAUAAGAGAUUGCCCAGGACCCCAACAUAUACUGGAUGAAUUGAAUUUCAAAGUCAAAGACAAGGUCCGUCAUCUUAGACGCAGGAUACAGGAUUUAGAGCAACUGGCGAAGGAACAAGACAGUGAGACAAUUAAAACUGUCAUCCUGUGUGAGGCAGAUGGACAUAGAAAACAUAUGCUGAGUAAUCAGGCUAUGUGGCGGAAGGCGAAUCUAGCCUGCAAGCUCCUCAUAGACAGCAUGGAGAGGGAUGAGCUACUGAGUGGGGAAAUCUCUGCAGUCAGACCUAGGAACGCCACCAAAGAGAGCCUCGUUCAGACAUACAGUGACAUCACUGAGUCACUCAUGAGCAUCAACCGCCUGAUGUCCCAACAGGUCCAGCAGAGUGAGGGGACUGUUGGAAGCCUGGUGAUGUCCUCAAGGCCCAUUCUGGAAACAAGUGAGGAAUUCAAGGCACUGAAUGGGGCGAUCCAUUUAGGAAGGAAACUGAUCUUUAAAUACAAUCGACGAGAGGUUACAGACAAACUCCUCAUCUUUCUGGCUCUGGGUUUAUUUCUGGCCACUGUAGUCUACAUUGUGAAGAAGAGAAUCUUUCCUUUCCUUUGACAGGCAUAAAGGCAAGGUCUUGAUGAAAAUUAAUAGGUUUCCUCGUGUACUUUCUGUAAAAAAAAAGGUUGUUUUAGGACAAGACAAGGACAUUUAACAAUACAGAGUGAAUAUAGUUAGAGUACUUGUACUCCUUCUCCACUGGUUGUGUGGUAGUGGAUUCACAGUCAUUUUAAUAGGUUAGUCGAAAGGGUAGAAAAGAAUGAAUGCUAAGAUGUGAUAAGACUAGAUUACCACAAUUACAGACUUGAAGAGGAGAAUUUUAACUAUUGCCGUUUGGAAUUAACUAUAAUCUGUUUACACUGGGUGUUGUUUUGAAAGAGGUGAACACAGAUAAUUUGCUGUGUGACCAGAUGAGACUUUGUUUUGCCUCCUGAAUAUGCUGCACACCAAAUACUUGAAACUAGAAUUACGGUCAAUAUGCAAAACUAAUGCAAUUCUUAAGCACCAGUGUUUCAUACACCUAUUCAUAUGUCGAAUUUCAUGAGAUGAUCUUCAACCUCAAGUGGUGCAAACUUGAACGUGUCUUUACCUGACCCAAGCCUAUGAUAUCUUAUAUGCAUUAUUAUAUAAUGCUCUAGCCUAAGUAAAUGUUGUAGUGGUACAUGCCACAGUAAAACCUUGAAUGCACUCAUUUGUAUGCAUGGUAAUGCAUAGACAUAAUGGGUAAUCAGCCAGUAUUGUUUUUCGGAUGUAAUAUAGGUCAAGCCAACCAAGCUUGUUCACAGUUUCCUGAUAUAGCACUCAAGCAUCAGCCUCAUCAUGAAGAAGUUGUGUAGAAAUGACCACACGCUGCCCUACAAAAGGUGUUUACAUUAAGAAGUUGAACUUAUCUCUGUGUUUGUUUAUUGUGUUUUGUGCAACCGUGCCAUUGCAAUUUAAAAAUGAUCUCCCAGUAUAAAUUGUUUUAUGUUUAAGGGGUUUUAUUUCUUGACUUUCCCAUCUCUGUUGUCUGUCUGAAGGUAGUGCUGUCCUGUUGUAAAAUGUUUCUAACACUGCCACUGGGGGUCAGGCUGCCAUUGCACGUUCUGGUGUUCGGCUUGUCUGGAUGUGAUUUGGCCUACGUGAGUUUAUCCUGUGCUCUCUUACCUGUCACAACAUUUUAAGUCAUUACCUCUGGUUUACUUAGCCUGGUGUAUUCAAUAUUCAAUAAAAUAUGAAGACAACUGUAA